UAUUGAUAUGCGAGCCAGCCCUUUCAUUCACACAAAUAGAGUUUCAUUCACAUUUUUUUAGAUUUUCCUUUGUAGCUAAUGAAGAGAGGCUUUUGGGAAUUUUAGGUGUUCCGUUGUAUUAGCUAACAGCUGAAACUAUCUAUGAUGUUUUACAGGUACCGUUAUGAACCUCUGGCAAUGUUAGCAAAGGUGGUUCUUACACUGGCAUUAGCUUUGCCACAGCAUAUGAAAGAAACUAGGUAGAAGGGCAUGCUUCAACGUACCAAGUAUAACCGCUUCAAGAAUGAAUCUGUGACACCGGUCGAUGGUCUCUUGAGCAACUUGUCCAUGAACAGUAAAGUCUCCGCCGGUAAUCUAGCUACGAUUUCGUGCCCAGUUGCGAGCGCAGAUUUACCGAAGAACCAAGAAGAUGGAUCCACCUCUCUUUGUACGUUUAUUUACAAAGUGUCUCACUUAAAACUGUCCAACACAGGCAGCCUGUUGGGUAUAAAGAACCUUUCCUCUGCAGUAAAGGAGCUUGCUGGAUCCAAGUUACAGGGUAGCUCUCCUGCUCUAAGUACAGCAGCAGGAGCCUCAGACAACACAUGUAACCUUGCCUCUACCCCUCCGUGUUCUCAGCAGGACGUGAGCAAGAUGAGCGCAGGGAAAAAAACACGCUCGGAAGAAAUGCAUCUGGGAGGUGAAGAUUGGAAUCAAAGUAGCAGCUUUGUCAAUAAGCCUUCUCGAGGAUGGCUGCACUCGAAUGAGAAGAUCCAGGGACCUGGAGUGACGUACAUUGUGAAGUACUUGGGAUGCAUAGAGGUAUUGCGGUCCAUGAGAUCUUUAGAUUUUAACACAAGAACUCAAAUAACAAGGGAAGCAUUUUGCAGAGUAUGUGAUGCUGUUCCCGGGACCAAAGGAGUCUUCAAAAAAAGAAAGCCUGCAAAUAAAAUCCUCUCUUGCAUCUUGGGAAAGUGCAACCUCCAGUUUGCAGGAAUGUGCAUAACACUUAACAUAUCUACAUCAAGCCUAAAUAUGAUGACGCCGGAUUCUAAACAGAUCAUUGCAAAUCAUCAUAUGCAAUCCAUUUCUUUUGCAUCUGGAGGUGACCCAGAUGCAACUGACUAUGUUGCAUACGUAGCAAAAGAUCCUGUUAAUCGUCGAGCUUGCCAUAUACUGGAAUGCAGUGAUGGGCUAGCACAAGAUGUUAUCAGCACUAUAGGCCAAGCUUUUGAACUCCGCUUCAAGCAGUAUCUGCAGUGCCCAUCUAAGAUUCCAGCAUUCCCUGACAGGUGACAUUCAGUAGAUCAGGAAUUAUGGUCUGUGAGUGAAAAGCAAACAACAGAACCUCAAUAUUACAACAGUAUUCCAAACAAAUUGCCCCCUCCAGGAGGUAUUAUUGAUGAGAGGUUAAAAGCUCAGCAUACAAACCAAGGAGACAAUAAUCAGCUUUUGACCUCUUCUGGAAUAGAACAGUCGUAUUACCAAGGUCGUCAUCUGGUUGAAAAACCUAAUGAAGCCCUUCAACAAGCUAUAAAAAGGCAAGCUUCUUUAGACAUUUACAGCGUUCCAGAAGGAAAGUCAUCAGCAAGCAAUGCACCCACAUAUGUGAAUACUCAGCACAUCAAUAAGAAGGCGCUGGGGGCACUUCAAAGGAGCAUGGAUUCUGCAUUCUGUGGAUCUGUUGACAGCUGCAGGGACUUCAGCCCAAGAAAAGAUCUGUUUGACAUGAAACCAUUUGAAGAUGCUUUGAAGAAUCAACCGAUGUUAAAUAAAGAUGCCUCUGUUGACUGCUCCAGCCCACUGCUAUCCAGAGCAGCAAUCUUAACCAUCAAUGAGGAAUUGAAAUCAGAAUCCUGGUAUGUGGGAGAAAUGUGCAGGAAAGAAGCAGAGAAACUACUUAAAAGAGAUGGAGAUUUCCUUGUAAGAAAAAGCAUCAAUAACCCUGGUUCAUAUGUGCUAACUGGUAUGCAUAAUGGACAAGCCAAGCAUCUUCUUCUAGUAGAUCCUGAAGGCACUGUCAGAACAAAAGAUCGUGUGUUCGAUAGCAUUGGCCAUCUCAUCAAUCACCACCUGCAGAACUAUCUGCCCAUUGUGUCUUCUGGAAGUGAACUUUGUCUAAAGCAGCCUGUGGAAGGAAGGCCUUGAUACUACUGUCGCUUUGAUUAUACUGGAGUAUCUAUUCAGAGGCCACACAUGUAUCAUCAGGAGUCAGUGCAAUAGGAUCACAGAUCUUCUGGGUCAAACCAAUGUGCCGCGUGUGUACAAAAUGCGGCACUUUUUGAACCAUGAUUUUUAUAAAAUUGUCUGAUCCCUUAAUGUGAAAAUAUUAUGUGUGUAUAUAUACACUGACAUAUGUAUAUAUAGAUAUAAAUAUAUUUAUAUUUUUGGAGAUUAUGGCAAAAGACUAAGACUGGUAUGUUUUAAUGCUAAUAGAAAACGAAUUGUGGUACUUUAACUAGACAAUGAAAGUAGCAUAUUUAUUUCAAGGAAACAUGUCAUGGUGGCUGUUAACUGUAACAACUGAGGCUCCCAUCCAGUGCUAGGGAUUACCAUUGGCC